UAUUGUGCAUUAUUUAAAAUGGCGGCUCUCAUUGUUGUGGAAACGAUUUUCCAUGAGUUUAUCAGUUUACAUUCAACUCUGUCAGCGUAAAUACGACUAAUUUAAUGUAUUCUACCUUAGACUGUAAGUAGCAAUAUUUUGUACGAUAUUCCAUUGACAUAUUUAAAGGGAAAUCUGUGUUUAGAUGAAAGCAAUGUGCACAGAUUGUGAAAAAGAAAGCAUAUUGGUCAACUCUUGACCAUGUCUUCUUCUCUCUUACUAAACCAGAUGGUCAGAAAGCAUUUCUCUCUACAUUCCCACAACUUUUCUUUGUAUUUCUGUCUCUAAACCCUUUCAGUAACUGUCUCCUUAUUUACAUAUGUAAACCCGAUUUAUACUAAGUUAUUUUUCCUAUAUAAGCCCUCUUAUUCCUCCCUCAACCAGAAAAAAGAAAAGAAAUAUUAGAGGAAGACAGAGAACCCCCCCCCCAUUUUGUAAUAUUUCCUGUAAAACUGUGGACUGGAUUAAGUCGUCGCAAUGUCCAACCCUGCUGUUUGCUCAGAUGUAUCGGACGCGGUCGAAUUAAGUGAACAAUUCAACCUCUAUUUAAAACCCAUUGCCCGGAUAAAUGUGUCCGUACAACUACCUCAGUUGAAAUGUCCUGGAAAGACAAUUUCCAAUUGGGAGGUUAUGGAGAAAGUGAAAAACAUGAUCAAACCGCAUAUUUUUACAUCGCUGAAAGUGACUAAAAGUACUCUCGAGUUUAUUCGACUCGAGGGAGAAGCUGAAAACAAAAGCCAUGUAAAGGUUCUAUUAUUAAAAUUAGAUGGUAAAUCAAUUAAACUUAGUGGAUUUUCAGAUACACUUCGUGUAAGGGCAGCUCCAGCCAAGAUUCAUUUCCCAACUCGCCACGAUAUGGCUUCUUACUUCAGAGAUGCCAAGAAUAUCAACGAAAUGAAACCCGGAGAAAGACCUGAUACCGUCUACUUCAAAGAUUUGCCAACAAGAUGGUUUACGGCUCAGAACGACUCCAACAAAGACAAACCCAGCGAAACGGUAUUAAACUCUGUAUUUAGUGUGUUUGGUGAAAUCCGAUGUAUAGAUUUACCGGUUUUAGAUCCGUACCGAAAACAAAUGACAGAAUCAAAGCCAGGCACAAUACAAACGUUUUCAUUUGGGCAAGAUUUGACAUUUGAAGCGUAUGUACAAUACAAGGAAUAUGUCGGUUUCAUCAAAGCUAUGGACUGUCUUCGUGGAAUGAAAUUGAUGUACAGGGGAGAAGACAAAGCGUUGACUGCGAAUAUCAAGGUUGACUUUGAUAAAACUAAACACCUCUCAGAGAAAGCCAUUCGAGACAGGAAAGCUGAGCGAGAAAGAUUACAAGCGGCAGAGAGGGAACGUGUUGAACAAGAAAGACGGAAAAAGGAAGAGGAAAUUAGGCAAAAGGAAAAAGAGAGACUAAGAGUUGAAUAUGAGAAACGAGAAAAGGAGCGCAAAAUUGCAGAGAAACUACAACAACAGGAACUGCGUCGGCGCGAGAGGGAAGAGAAGCGUCGGCAGAAACAAAUUGCUAAACGCAAGCGAGAAGAGGAGGAAAAAGCUAGUCUCAAAGUUGCCCAAGAGAGCCGUAAGCUGUUGAUAACUCAACGCAAACUGGAUUCUUUACGCUUAAUGAAUGAAAUAUUCAACAAUGUCAAGACUGUGAAGAUGAAAGAGAAUGAACUGCAACAGCAAGCGGCCCAAGAGAAGGAGAAACUGAGGCAAAUGGAACUGAGCAAACUGAAGCAAAUCGAGGAGGACAAGAAACGAGUCGAAGCCGAACUGAAGAAACAGAUGGACAUGAAGGAACAGGAGCGAAUACUCCGCGAAAGACUUCUUCGGAAGCGGCAAGCGGCUAAAGAUCGACAAAAGGAGGAGAACCGCGAGGCUUUACGGAUGAAACUUACUCAAAGUACUGUUCGCUUAAAGAGUGCGGUUGUCAUGAAAAGAUAACACUGCCCUCGCCUGGCUUUUAAACCCUUUGGCAUUCAGAUCUCUCUGUCAAAUGUAAUGCUUAUUUAUUCAUAUUGUCUUGAAUUAAUCAGGCGUUACUUCCUAGCUUCAAGAUUCCAAUGAUGUAAUUAUUUUUAGAACAACAUUGUAGGGUUGGUGCGAGAGACCAGAUCUAGCCAGUUUGAAUGAGAAACAGGUAAAGACAUUCGGGCUGGAUGUGGCCAGUUUAAAUGCUAAGGGGUUAACUGAUACUUCCAUCUGCAGAAAUGAAAGGACAAACUAUUUAAGAUUAAUGCUUAUUUAUUUUUGGUUGAAAACUUUGCAGUUUUUACUUUUAUGUAUUAUUUUCAUUUCUAAUUACCUUUCCAAUUAUAAUCAUUUACUUUCUUAUUUGAUUUUAAAUGCCUGCAUUGCAAAUGAGAAAGUUCUGAAUAUAUCGAGGCUGUUUGCUUGCUGGUUAUGAAUGACAUAAGUUUCAUGUGUGAGGCAAAGCACAGAGUUUUAAUUUCAUUAGUGAAAACUUGGUACCAACCCACUUCAACAAAUGGAUAGAAAUAUAAAUAUCAGACUGAAUGAUUCUCGUUUUAGAGGAGUUGAUCUCAAAACUGUGAAAAAUUAAAUCAUAUUCCAGCUUCUAUUUGACACUCUAGCACAAGAGUGUUUCCCUAAUUUUCCCCUUUUUUGCUAAGUAAUUAGGUGGAGAGAGGAUAGUAUUCAAAAGUUGGCCUCUUAUCUGUUUUGCUAUUGUGACUCCUACUCAUAACAAUAAUUGUUCCAAAAUGUGUAAAUGCUUAUCCAAAUAUAUAAAAUCCUUGCUUGCAUUGAAUCAUAGAUAUGAAUCGAUCAAAAAGAUAAAGGCCAAACCUCAAACUGAGAUCCAAAGUCUAAGAAUUUCAUAUUUUUUGAAAGCUAUGUUGUGUACAUUAUUUACAUGGUUUGAACUAUUUCACUAAGACUACAUCAAGUUUUGUUUGAGGUCCAUCUCAUUCUGUAUUUCUUGAGAAAAACACAGCUUGGGAAUUAUUUUAUUUGAAAUGUUAUAAAAACUAAAUUUUAUAUAAUUUUAUUAUGUUUCUUUUGCCCUAUUUGUAAGGUGUACAAGCUUUAAAUACAUUACAUGUUAACAGCUAAAUGUCCAAAAUGAGGAAUGGUAGAGCAUCAGAAACAAUCAAACUUAGAUGCUGGAUACUGUUGAGGGUUUAUUCAUGAUAUGUGUUGUAAUUAGGGAGUCCAUUAGCUGGGAUGAGUGUUUACAAGAAUAUUUAUAUGGAUAAUCCUUUGGCUUGGUAGUAACAAUUUUCGGAAGUGCUAAAUAAUUCCACAACACUAAAAAGAACUUGUAACAGUUGUAACAGCAACAGGAAACGUUCAAUCUGUAAAUUCAAUGAAAAUAUUUAUGAGACUUCUGUGCAUCACAUCUAAUAUGCUUAAUCAUUCAAAAGUCGUUUUUAAGAACUUCACAAUUUAUAUAUUCCAAAGAACCAAUUUCAAUACAUAAAGAUUAUAAAGUAGCCAAUUGAUUUCCAGUUAAAGCUAUUUCACUUGUUUUGUUGAUAUUUGUGAGAUCUGUGUUAAUCUUAGAACAACACAUUCACCCUUGUUUAAAAUCUAAAGCUUUGUGUCUCUUUAAGAAAUCAAGAUCUCGCACACUGUAACAUUCCAGAAACUUUUAUUUCUGUAUGUGAAGUUCCAAUCUAGGGAUCAAGUUUUUACUUUUUCUUUUCAUUAUUGAUGUACAUGCGGUAACCAACAUACUUAAUUUUAUUGGCCCAACUAAAUGCAAUAUAUAUAUAUACACACACACAUACAUACAUCAUAAGUAUUUUGCCAUUUGCUACAGACCUUACCUUGAUCAGAAGUUAACUCCUUAUAGUAGUUUAUUUUAUAUUGAGCCUUUAAACUGGAAUUUGUGGGGAACAAAAGUUCAGUAAUUCUCUUAACUAUUAAAUAACCUUAAGCUGAUAUUCAAUAUCACAGAAAUGCUUUAACGUGUAGUAUUAAGUAUCAGUUUACUAUAUUCUUGGAAAUAAGAAUAUAUCAAAUGGUUUUAUAAUUUGUUAUAUUAUGAAAGCAGUUUUGAAAAUUUCUUUCACCAUUGCCUUUUAUUUGUGGUAUUUUAUGAGAUUUUUGGCCCAUUUAAGAAAAAAAACAUUUUAUUGAAGAACCUUUUGCGUGUUUCUUCUUUUCCACUUGAUUCCUCAUUCUCUUAUAGAAUUUUCUCACUUCCUUAUGUCUAAUUUGCAAUUCCAUUCAACAUAAAUUUUAUAGAGAAAGCUUUGGAAUUUAACAUUCUUUUUUCAUCCAAUGCCACUUUUAUCAUUCCAUUUUUCUAUAAAUUUCAAAGGCCAUAUCAUAAAAAAUUUUUUUUAAAAUUUUCUUUACAUUCACUUUUAAAUACUGGUAUAAAUAUCAGGUUUCCUUCAAGACAUAUCAAACUACAGUUAUUUCUGUUCUUUAGUGGUUAAAAUGCUGUUUACACAGUGUUCCAACUGGGAACUCGAAAUGCCUCUUUCUUGUAAGAACUUCAAAUCCUGGCCAUUUGUUCUGUAAAUCAUACUGUGUUUUUGUUGCACAUCAGAAGUCUUGGGACAUUAUUUUAGUUUGUGCUUAGGGAAAGAAUCUCAAAGU